AGCCCAAAAAGUGCAGAGAGAGAGAGAGAGAGAGAGAGAGAGAGAGCAAUGGGUUAAGAGAGAAGGAAGCAGCUGGGGAUGUCUUCUUGCAGCUGCAGUCAAAAUUAUCGAAUCCAGACGCAGCUUUGUUUGGUUUUCUCUGGUUCAUCAACUUCCUGUUUCGGCAACAAUUUUUUGUGGAUGAUUUCUGGACUUGGUAUUGAUUAGUCAGGUACGAGAACUGAAAGAUUUAAGACUCAAAUCACGUCAAUUGGAACUGAAUUAGGUUGUUUAGAACCAUAGGCAUCUGGUGGAUUAUUACCUCUGUUCUGUAUUUGUCCAUGAAUUGAGCUUUAGCUUGGUGGGUAUCGAUAGAUAGUCUGCAAAGUUUAUUCGAGCCAUGGCAACCCUGUCGCAUUCAGAUUCAAGACGCAUGUAUUCUUGGUGGUGGGACAGCCACAUUAGUCCCAAAAAUUCUAAAUGGCUGCAGGAGAAUCUUACAGACAUGGAUGCCAAAGUCAAAGCAAUGAUCAAAAUCAUUGAAGAAGAUGCUGAUUCCUUUGCAAGGAGGGCAGAGAUGUAUUACAAGAGACGCCCAGAACUUAUGAAAUUGGUGGAAGAAUUCUAUCGAGCAUAUCGUGCAUUGGCUGAAAGAUAUGAUCAUGCAACUGGAGUAAUUCGGCAGGCUCAUCGGACUAUGGCAGAAGUUUUUCCAGAUCAAGUCUCCAUGGUCCUGACUGAUGAUUCACCACCUGCAAGUUCUGCUUCUGAGACAGAUCCUCGCACACCUGAGAUUUUACCCCCUAUACACGCACUGUUUGAUCAUGAUGGCUUGAAAAAGGAUGCUUUAGGCCCUUCUUUGUCACAUUUCCAUUCUGUGAAGAGCCAUGGAGCUCAUACUGAAGAGUCUGAUUCUAUAACAAACAUAAAGGGCUUGAAACAGUUCAAUGACAUGUUAGGGUCUGGUGGAGACAAUGCUAAAUUGGCCGAGGGAAUGGUGAAAACAGGUCUCAAUUUUCAUGAGUCAGAGGAAAAGGAAAGAAGCCUUCUGGGCAAGGAGAAACAUAUUACCAGGGAUCGAUCCUUUCCUGAGUCUGAAGUGGUGGAUAAGUUUGAGAAGGAAAUUCAGACUUUAAAGGACACCCUAGGCAAACUAGAAGCUGAAAAGAAGGCUGGCCUAGCACAAUACCAGCUGUGUUUGGAGAGAUUAUCAAAGCUAGAGUCAGAAGUGUCUGCAGCGCAAGAGGCUACCAGAGGGCUUAAUGAACGGGCAAAUAAAGCUGAAGGUGAAGUUCAAACUUUGAGGGAAGCUCUCACUAAACUAGAAGCUGAAAAGGAAGCUAGCUUCUUUCAGUACCAGCAGUGUUUAGAAAAGAUUGCAAAUUUAGAGAAGGUUUUUUCUAAUGCCAAAGAGGAUGCGGGAAAACUCAAUGAGGAAUCCGAUAAAGCUGAAACUGAAGCUAAAGCCCUCAAGAAAGACCUUGCCACAUUAGAAGCUCAAAAGGAUGCUGCUCUCUAUCAAUAUAACCAAUUUUUGGAGAUGAUAUCAACUCUGGAAUUGAGGCGACUCCUUGUUGAAGGGGAUGCUAGAAAGCUUAUUGAACGAGCUGAAACAGCUGAAAGGGAAGUUGAAACUCUGAAGCAAGCUCUGGCCAAAUUGACCGGGGAGAAGGAAGCUGCUGCUCUCCAGUACCACCAGUGCUUGGAGACUAUUUCAAGUCUGGAGCAUAAACUAUGUUGUGCUCAGGAGGAGGUCCACAGGCUUACUGGUGAAAUAGAUGGUGGGGUUGCAAAGUUGAAGGGAACUGAGGAACGGUGUUCUCUAUUGGAAAAAUCAAAUCAAUCUCUUCAAUCUGAGUUUGAAUCUUUGGUGCUGAAGAUGGGUUCUCAAACUGAAGAGCUAACGGAGAAGCAGAAGGAAUUGGGAAGAUUGUGGACAGGCAUACAAGAAGAGCGAAUGAGAUUUAUUGAGGCUGAAACUGCUUUCCAAACUUUGCAGCACUUGCACUCUCAAACUCAGGCAGAACUGAGAUCUCUGACUUUGGAACUACAGGUCAGGGCUCAACUCUUAAGAGACACUGAGACUCACAGUAAGAGUUUACAGGACAAACUUGGGAAUAUUAAGGAGGAAAACAAGAUCCUUAAUGAGCUUAGCUUAUCUUCAGCCAUAACAAUAAAAGAGAUGCAAAAUGAGUUCUGUAGCAUAAAGGAGAGUAAAGGGAAGCUUGAACAGGAGGUUGAACUCCGUAUGGAUCAAAGGAAUGCUCUUCAACAAGAAAUUUACUGUCUGAAAGAGGAACUGAAUGAGUUGAUCAUGAGACACCAGGCUUUGUUGAACCAGAUUGAUGCAGUGGGUGUUAACCCAGAAUGUUUUGAAUUAUCAGUAAAGGAGUUGCAGGAUGAGAACUCAAAUCUAAAAGAAAAUUGUGAGAGAGAAAGGACUGAGAAAGGAGCACUUCUGGAGAAGCUGAAAAUUAUGGAAAAACUUCUUGAGAAGAAUGCCCUCUUGGAGAAGUCCCUUUCAGAUAUGAGUGUUGAGUUAAAUGGGGCUAGAGAUAAGAUAAAGACACUGGAAGAGUCCUUCCAUUCUCUUUUGGCAGAGAAAGCCACCCUUGUUGCUGAGAAGGGCACUCUAAUAACCGAGUUACAGGUAAUGACUGAGGAAUUGGAGAAGCUCACUGAAAAAACCACCUUUCUGGAGAAUUCCCUUUACAAUGUCCACGAUGAACUUGUAGGGUUGAAAGCAAGAUCAAGAAGCCUAGAAGAUUCAUGUCACUUGCUUCAAAAUGAGAAAUCUAAUCUUAUCAAUGAGAAUGGGGCUUUAGUUUCCCAGGGCAAUAUCACCAGGGAAAGAUUAGAAGUCCUUGAGAAGACAUACAGAGAACUGGAAGAGAAAUACUCAGCUUUUUACGAAGAGAAAAAGUCCACCCUCCUCAAAGUAGAAGAACUACAUGUUUCUUUGGAUGUAGAAAGACAAAAGUACGCUAGUUUCAGGCAAAUGAGUGAGACACGGUUGGCCAGAAUGGAAAAUCAGAUUAGUUGCCUUAAAGAAGAAGGUUUCAACAAGGGGAGGGAACUUGAAGAGGAGCUCGAGAGAUCUGUAGAUUAUCAACUUGAGAUCUUCAUCUUGCAGAGGUGUGUAAAAGAUAUGGGAGAGAAGAACCACUCUCUGGUGAUUGAUUGCCAGAAAGUCCAGGAAUCACUCAAACUGUCAGAAGAGAUAAUUUCUGAAUUAGAGCAGGAGAAUCUUAAGCAGAAGAUAGAAGUGAAAUCCUUGUCCGACCAGAACAGCAGAUUUAGGAUAGGAAUCUAUGAGUUGUUAAAAGCUUUGGAGAUUGAUCUAGACCAUGGAGAUGAAGGUAAAAUCAGGUUAGACCAAGCAUAUUUGAGCCACAUGCUAAGCAAGAUUGAAGAUGCAAAAAGUUCUCUUAAUCAAAUCUGGAGUGAAAAGCAGCAGCUGGAAAUUGAGUCAUCAGUUCUUGUCACAAUACUUCAGCGACUAAGUUUAGAGUCAAAAACCGUUGAGAUGGAAAGACACAUUCUUGACCAGGAACUCCAGAGAAAAGACAAACAAUUAUCUAUGUUACAGAUCGAGGCAAACAAGCUUCUUCAGAUGAAUGAAGAACUGCAAGUGAAAGUGAGGAAAGGGAACCAAAAAGAGGAAGUAUUAACAACUGAAAAAGAGAACCUUCAUGUGGAGUUGGUGGAUGUGCAAGGUGCCUGCCAAAAUUUUCAGAUAGAAAACUUAAGUUUGCUUGAAGAAAGGAAAUCCUUGACAAAACAAUUAUUGGAGAUGGAGGGAAAAAACCAUAAUCUAGAAGCAGAAAACAUUUCUCUAUUGUGUGAGAUAUUAUCUCAGAAUAACCUCUCUGUGGUUUUGACGAAUAUUUUCAGUGAGAAAUCUGCAGAAUGUAAAGAGAUCAGUGAAGAUAUUUACAAACUGAAUUGUGUGAAUAUUGCCCUUGAGAGCAAACUAAGAAGAAUGGGAGGAAACUUGGAAGUGGUACAACUUGAAAAUAUGAAUCUGAAAGAAUUGUUGAUGAAUUUACAGAACAAGUUGAGGACGGUAACAUCUUGUAGCGAUCAGUUGAAUCAUGAUAUUGCAAAUGGCAAGAAGCUGUUGAUCCAAAAGGAAAUUGAACUUUCUGAAGCAGAACUGAAGCUCGCCACCACUGAGAAAGAGAAAUCAGAGUUGCAAAAAGAAGUGGAGUAUCUGAAGAGGGAAGUAGAUGAGGUUAAGAUGAUUAGGGAUGACCAACAAAAGUGGGUUAUUAAACUAUCCAAAGACAAAGCUCAUCUGAGCUACAAGAAUCUGGGCCUUUCUGAAAAGAAACGGGAACUUGAGGUUAGACUGCACCUAUUGCGUGAAGGACAUGAAAAAAGUAAGGACAGAGAGGAAAGUUUGGUUUCCGAUAUGCAACAGGUAAAGAAUGAACUUGAUCUGCAGGAGAGUGAGGCCAUUACAUUAUUCUGUGAACUGCAGUUUUCUACUAUCUUUCGAGCUUUGCUAGAGGAGAAGGUUUGUGAGCUUACUGAAUCAUGUAAAAUCCUUGAAGAUGGAAUUACCUCGAAAGAUAUGCACGUUGAAAUGUUGGAACAGAAAAUCAUCUUUUUGGAAGGUGAGAAUGCACAACUGAAAGGUCAGUUGGCACUAUAUGUCCAAGCUGUCAUUUCUUUGAGAAAUUGUGUAUCUUCACUGGAGAAUCGUACUUUGUUGCAUGCAAAUCUUCAGAAAAGCCACAAUGAGAUAAUUAAGGAUGCUGAAUUGUGGAGUCAUCAUAAUGUCAAAAGCUGCAAUGAACUGAGUUCAGAUCAAAAGGUGCCGGAUGCAGCUUCCGAGUUGAAGGAUUUGGAAAAUAGGGUUAAAGCUAUUGAGAAGGCGGUGAUUGAAGUGGAAAGCCUUGCAGCAGAGGAAAACUUAAAUACUAAUUCCAAACUAGAGGCUGCUUGGAGGCAGAUUGAAGAGCUGGAAAACGUGAAGCAUGCCUCUGAAGUUUCUGAAGUGGAGGCUGGACUUCUCACGAAAGACAUUAUGCUUGAUCACAUAUCUGAAUCUUCAUCCUGUCAGAUUGGAAGGAGAGAAUGGGGUGAAGCUGGAACUCCGAUGCUUGAGGCAUGGGAUGCUGCUGAUCAAGAUAGCAGCAUUGAUCUUAAUGUCGGGAAAGGAAAGAGAAUAGUCACUACACCUACUAAGAAAGGAACAGAGCGCCGUCAGGUUGAGGCAGUGAAGAAAAGGAGGAAUAGGCAUCCCAGUUCCGAUAUAAUGGGUUUAAAGGAGUUGGGUGUGGACAAAUUAGAGAUUUCCAGGUCAUCUUCAAGGCCGCGGCAAGAAGUGAACAAGUCCAGGACUUUGGAAAAGCUGAAUUCUGAUGUCCAGAAAUUGUCAAACCUUCAAAUUACUGUACAAGAUUUGAAGAGGAAAGUGGAAAGCAGUGAUAGGAACCGAAAGAGUAAAGCUAUUCUGGAGAAUGAAACUCUGAAGGGGCAACUGGAAGAUGCUGAGGAGGCCAUCCAGAAGCUGUUUGAUCUCAAUGGUAAGUUGAUGAAAAGUAUUGAAAACAGAUCCUUUUCUGCGGACAGCAAAUCUCCAAUGGAGUUGGAAGAAACCAGGCAUACUAGAGGUAGGAGGAUUUUAGAUCAGACGCGAAGAAUGUCUGAAAGAAUUGGUAGGUUGCAGCUGGAAGUACAGAAAAUACAGUUUGUUUUGCUAAAACUUGAUAGUGAGAACGAAAGAGAGAGCAGAGGAAGAACUAGAAUUGCAGAGACGAAGAGAAGAAUUCUGCUGCGCGACUAUCUUUAUGGCGGCGUAAGAAUUAGCCACAGGAGAAAGAAGGCAGCCUUUUGCGCUUGUGUCCAGCCCCCGACAAGGGGAGACUGAGCCGAUACAUGUAAAUCAGCGUAGCAGUAGAGUUCACACAUUUCUGUUUCUUUUUGGCUUUCUUCCCCUUUCCCAUUGGCGAUAAAUUUCCCCUCUGGAGAUGUACUGGGGCUUGAAUGUGUUCUUAUACGAUAUUUAGACGGUAUCAAGUCUUUAUAAUAUCCUCUAGGCAAUGGCUGUACAUUUUGGGCCC